CAUGUUUGGGUCCGCGAAGGCAGCAUUGGUUCCCAAGGUGACGUCAUGGUGUCGGGCUGGGGCUGGGAAAACAUGGAAACGGCGAGAGCCAGGUUCGGUGUACCGACCCACCACACCCGGUACUGAGACCCGGUUCACCGACAAAAGACCAACUCUCUUCCAUCAUAUUGGGACUGUGUGGGGUGGUGGGGAAGGCCUAGUCCCCCACCUCGAUCAGGCCAGACACCCCCCACUUAACCCCCACUCAUGGAGAAACAAGGCGCCAUGAGUACAUCAGGCAAGACCAGUGGGCUCAAACCCCCCAGUAAAAUAGUGCGUCCAUCUGGGGUGCCAACUCGGACGUCUCCAUCCUCUGGUGCUCCAAAGCCAGUUCCUCCUGAGAAGUCCCCCGGCAGCGUCACCUCCCCAACCGCCGAUGGAGGCGGCGACUUCCAGAUCGGGGAGAGGGUCUGGGUCAACGGCAACAAGCCCGGCUACGUGCAGUUCAUCGGGGGCACGCAGUUCGCUCCGGGCCAGUGGGCGGGCAUCGUGCUGGACGAGCCGAUCGGGAAGAACGACGGGUCGGUGGCGGGGGUCCGGUACUUCCAGUGCGAGGACGGGAAGGGGAUUUUCACGCGGCCUUCGAAGCUGUCCAGGACCAUGCUGCCAGAGAGGGAGGCGAACGGGGGCCAGGCGAGUCCGGCACCGGGAGGCUCUGCAGCGAGCAAUCCUGCUGCACCUGCUGGCCCUACCUCAACUGGUAACAUCCUGCAAAGUACUCAGGUCAGCGGCAUAAAGACGAGCAGCGUGCUGAACCGAAUGUCCAGCGAGUCGGUGUCAAACCUCUCAGACACAGAAUCCAUGAAGAAGAGCAAAAGGGAGCUGAGGCUGGGAGACCGUGUGCUGGUGGGCGGUACCAAGGCAGGAGUGGUGAGGUUUCUGGGAGAGACAGACUUUGCCAAAGGAGACUGGUGUGGAGUGGAACUGGAUGAACCACUUGGGAAGAACGACGGCGCUGUGGCAGGGACCAGGUACUUUCAGUGCAUGCCCAGGUUCGGUCUGUUCGCCCCCGUCCACAAGGUGACGCGUAUCGGCUUCCCCUGCACGACCCCCACGAAGGCGAAGAGCUCGCGGAGGAGGUCCGGCCUCAAGAGGAGCCCCAGCGCUUCCUCCAUCAGCUCGCUCAGCUCCGCCACCUCCUCAAUCAGCGGCAAACCCAGCCGAGCAGGACUGCUGACAGAGACAUCUGCUCGAUACGCUCGUAAGAUCUCCGGCACCACGGCGCUGCAGGAGGCUCUGAAGGAGAAGCAGCAGCACAUCGAACAGCUGCUGGCAGAGAGAGACCUGGAGAGAUGCGAGGUUGCGAAGGCGACGAGCCACGCAGGGGAGGUGCAGCAGGAGCUGGCUCUGCUGAGGAAGGGGAGGGAUCAGUACGCCAUGGAGAUGGAGGCGAAGCUGGAUCAGCUGCGUUCGCUGGUGGAAGCAGCAGAUCGAGACAAGGUGGAGCUGCUGAACCAGCUGGAGGAGGAGAAAAGGAAAGUGGAGGAUCUGCAGUUUCGUGUGGAAGAGGUUUCCAUCACCAAAGGAGACCUGGAGACGCAGACCAGGCUGGAGCAUGCCCACAUAAAGGAGCUUGAGCAGAGCCUGCUCUUUGAAAAGACCAAAGCUGAAAAACUCCAGAGGGAUUUAGAGGACACUAGGGUGGCCACGGUGUCUGAGCGCUCCAGGAUCAUGGAGCUGGAGAGGGAGGUGGCGGAUCUCCAGCUCAGGCUCCGGGCGUCUCAGCAGAAGGAGGAUGCUGUGUCUCUGUCUCAGCAACAGAUCAGCAGUCUCAAGGCCCAGGCUCAGUCCCAGGAGAAAAAGAUCAGUGAACUGAGCGUCGACCUGGAGAGCAAACAGAAGGAGCUUCAGUCUGUGCAGCAAGAUAAGAGUUCCCUGGAGCAGCAGCUGAGCGGCCUGAGACAAAAGCUUGAGGAAGCUGAGGAGGAGAACACGAGGACGGCAAAGACCAUGCAAGAGCUGGAGCAGAGUGUGGAGCAGUCAAAGAAAGACUAUCAGACCCUGAAAGACGAGAGCCAGUGCAGAGAGGAAGAGCUGAAGGCCCAGCUGACACAGGCCGCAGAGAGGACGGCUCUGUCCCUCGAGCAGCUGACCAGUGAGAAUAAGACACUGGAGACGCAGCUCGAGGCUUUGAAACAGCAGAACUCCAAAUACCAGGAGGAGCUCAGUCUGUCGAAGGAGCGGAGCAGCUCGGAGAACCAGCGUAUCGGAGUCCUCUGCAAGGAAAUUGAGGAGCUGAAGCUGGCCUCCCAGAAGUCUCAGCAUCUCGAGGAGCACAACGAGGAUCUCAACAGUCAACAGCCGGACAUGAAGACCAGAGAAACCAUCUCCAAUCAGGACACGGAUGGAGAAGUAAAAUUCCAGAAAUCCACCGGAGCCUUAAUCUCUGACAAAGAUCGGGAACUGGAAACUCUGAGGAAUGAGAUCGCGGUCCUGCGAGGAGAAAACGCCGUGGCCAAGACCCUGCAGUCGGCCGUGGAGACGCUGGAGAGAGACAAAGCUCAGCUGCAGAGCCGCGUUCACAGUCUAGAGCAAAGGCUCAUGGGAACGCAGGCCUCAGAGGGAGAGGACAGGGAAGCUCCACGGUCAGGCGAUGCAGCUCUGGAGCAGCUGAGGGAGGAGAAGGAGUUCGCUGAGGGACAGAUCAACUUCCUGAACAGCGUGAUCGUGGACCUGCAGCGGAAGAACGAGGAGCUGAAGAUCAAACUGAAGAAGCUCGCUCUGGCUGAGUUCAACGGCAACGACGGGACCGACGGUUUUGAUGAGGGCGUGUCGAAGCGGGAAAAGAAGGCGACCCCCCGUCUGUUCUGCGACAUCUGCGACUGCUUUGACCUCCACGACACCGAGGACUGUCCCACUCAGGCCCAGAGCCCCGACUCUGUACCUCACACCACCUACCACGGCAACCCGGCCGACGAGAGGCCCUACUGCGACAUCUGCGAGGCCUUCGGACACGCCACGGAGUCCUGCAACGAUGAUCAAACCUUCUAGAGGCUCCAAAAACUCUCUUAACCCCUCUCCUCUCUCCUCCUCCCCCUUAAGCACUUCUCACCUUCUACUCUCCUGCUACAUCUCCCACAGACAUGCCUGCAGAUUUUUCCAUAAUGUAUUUUUAUACUGUAUUUAUGCAUAUCACUGGUAGCCACCGUCCUGAUCUGACUCCUUUCCCCCGCCGCUCCUCCCUCUGAAGAUAAACUGUUCUGUGAUGCAGAAUGCUCGUCCAAAUAUGCUGCUUUGGUGCAAUAUUGAUGUUUAUAACAGCAGGAAUCCGUCCUCUGCACUUGUCGUUUUUAACGUGUUGUUUUGCAUUUUAAGUUUGUUUCUAAAAUAAGUGAUGUUUCAUAUCCGUCUUUUUUUUUUCUGGGCUUAUUUGUUAAUUAGCAAAAAAAAAAAAAAAUAGUGAUGAGACAAAGUGAAGCACAGUUAAAAAUGAAGCUCCUCUCCAACUUUACAUUCCCAUAUCACAUUCCUCAGUGUGUGCGGCUACAGACCGUCAGAGAGUGAUACUGCCACGUCAGACUUUUCACUAACGUUUUAUGUUUAGUAAUAUUUACAAAGACCUUCUGCCAGUUUAUCAACUUAGUUACAACGGAGUAUUAGGGCCACUUUUAGGAUUUUUUUUAACAUUUGGAGAGUUGAGAAUAUUUUGAGAAAAAGUCGAUAUUGUGAGCACUCCAAAAAAACAUUUAAUAUUUUGAAGAAAAAGUUGUUUUAUUAUGAGGAAUAUUUACUCUGUAUUCUAAAAAUAUUACGACUUUUUCUAAACAAAAACUAUACGACUAUAUUGUUAAAAUGUAACUACUUUAUUCUCAUGAUAGCACAACUUAAAUCUCGAAAUAUUAAGACAGUAUUCUUAAAAUAUUUCAACCAUUUUUUCUCUAAAUAUCACAGCUAUAUUCUCUACAUCUUUCUUCUUGACAUAUUACGAUUUAAUUCUUGUAAUAUUAUGAUAUUUUUUUCUAAAUACCAAAACUUUUUACUUUAUAUAUUACAACAACAUUCUCAUACAUUUUUGACUUAAUUCUAAAAACACUUUUUAGUGGCCCUAAUACUUUGGCUUCUACCUAAAUGUUAACCCAUGGAAAACUAACAAUAACAAUUUAACAUGAGUGAAGUUCAGUCUUAACCUUUGAAAUCGUAGUUUUCACAGUCACUAACUUCUAAAACUUUCAGCUGAAUCUCAUGGAGUUUAUUCCCAAGUUUACAGACUAAACUGUUUACACCAUCCGUUGAUGAAGACUGUGAGGGGCAGUUGAAAGCUUUAGAAAAAGCUAGUAAGUGGAUGUUUAGUUAAAGGAGCAGCCCACAGAUUUUACACAUAAAGGUCAGUUUAUCUGUUUACUUGUUUACUUUUCUUGUAUGAAGUAGCUCCAGAACAUUUUAAUGAAAUGUUCGACAAAACAACCAUUUAACUGUUGUUCCAGAGCUUUCAGUCAUCUCACACAGACUUCCUCAGCAGAUGACAUUUGCACAGUUGUCAAUGAAGUCAAAAUUUUUAUUAUUUUCUCUUUUAGGACUUCUCGUCUGUGUUUGCCUAAAAGUUCAGAUUUUACAUUUCCACGACAGCUGGGCUAACUCGAUUGAAAGCUCCAGAACAGCUACUAAAUGGACCUUGUGGUGAGAUUAUUUCGUCAGCUACUGUUUCCAAGGUCUUGACUGAACUGUAUGUCCUAACAUUUUUGUGUAUUUACCUUUCCACAGGUCAGCGUACAGAUUAAUAUCCUUUAGUAAUGCCACUGAAAGUUACUGAGGAUUGUUGUAGUUAAAGAUGAAGUCGUUGCAUUUUAUUAUUUAUUGUCUAAUCUUUGACUAACUGGUGAUGUUCCUACAGGGAAAUAAGCUAGCACUGAUCAACAGUGUAUAGUCUGUACUAGGACUACUGUAGUAUAGGUGGGCUUUUGAAAUGCAUCUGCCUCAUGUUACAGGAACUGACCCAGAUGAAACUAUAGAGGCCUCUACUCACUUAGAUUUGCACUGUCCACUUUAAAGAUUCAACAGAAACAUACGGCGCUUUAAUGUUAUGAUUCUAACGUUAUUUAAAAGUUAUUUUAUCAUGAAGGUCAGUACGGAUUAUUCAGUGCUGUCCUGAUUCAUACUGCCCUCUUUAAAGCUAAAGUCUGACAAUUUGGGAAAUUUGCUUAUUCAUUUUCACAUAAUGAGAGAGAGGGUGUUUUUCAGUGGUAAAUAUGAAGGUACAGCGGGUUAGCUUAGCUUAGCACAAAGCCUGGAAACAGGGGAAAUGGCUCGCCUGGCUUUAUCUUGCACAUAAUCCACGUAAAAUUGCCGUUUUUACACUUUGGUGUUUGCACAGAUGGAAAAAACAGGAUAUUACAGGUCUUAAGGAGUGCUGUGCAGAUGUGAAAAAUGUUGUAUGAAGUUUUUUUUAGGCUCAGGAAGGAGUGGUGUGAAUUUUGAUAAAUGUCGUUUGGGUCUGAAGACUACAAGUUUCAAAAGUAAAAAAGAAAAAUGGAGGUGUGGAGUUAGAAAGAAGUGAGUUUAUCAGACCUCUGUAGCCAGCUCCUUGUUGCUGAUUGAGGCCAGAGGCAACGUUAGCUGCUACUAGCAUAACACGUUUAAAUCUCUGUUUAACUGUUGGCUGUCAGGUUGCAUUGUGGGUAAUGUAGGCGCCAGGUUUUGACAAGAAAGAGGAAUAUGUGGAGUAAAAAAGAUAGUAUCUCCGGUUGUGCUACGUCGAUUUUCUUCAUCUUUGUUUUAAAUUGACCGUCCUGAGUGAAUAAGCGAAUAAGCACGUUUCCCAAAAUGUCGAACUGCUCCUUUAAAUUAACCCUGUAUAGAAACAUGUAUCUGACUUAUCUUGUUCUUAAGCACAAUUUUGGAUCAUAUUGAAUCUUCCAGUGUAACAGUGACUAACCAUUGACACUAGUCCUUGUAAAUACUAAUCAGAAGCGUCCUUCUGAUAAAUGUGUACACAGUGCCAUGGAACAAAAGAUAGCUUUUAUGUGUACGACAUUUUAUUUUUCUGCCCUGUUGAUAAAGAUUGACGCUGUAUAAGGAGGUUUCAAACACAAGCCCGUUUGUAUAGACUUUAAAACAUUGUGUACUUUAUAAGUGAUAUGUCUAAUUAUUAGUGUAAUGUUUUAUAUGUAACAAUUUCAGGCACCAUCUAUAAAUGGUUUCCAAAUGCUCAGACCAUUUUACAGAUGUUGAUGUGGUGUACAAUGUCACUGUUUUCUAUGUACUGUAUACUCCUGAACAGUCCAAUAGAAAUACUAAGAAAGAAAAA